CACGAGUAGCCUGUAUUAAUAAUUGGCCAGGUACGUAGCCGGGCGGCCUAAAAUAGCAACACGAGUCGAGCAUUGCGUGGUGCGGAUUGAGCGAACCACUUGUGCAACCAUGGCGAACCGGCCACAAACAUUGAUAUGUAUGGGCACAAACACAUGUACACGAUAUCCACACUCGCCCCCAUGAUGCGCAGUUUCCGCUCGAGCUGAGCAGCGCCGAACCGCGUGCUAGACAUAGUCCCUAGUCCUCCUUCUCCCUCUCCUAGUCUUGCGUCCCAAAAGUUUGGUUCUCACCCCAGGCGCCGAUCACCUCACAACCACCAACCAAGCUCUCCAGCAGCCCAUCUCAGGAGACAAACUGCUCCCGGACCUCUCCCUCCGCGCUCCCUCGCUGCCUAUACACCCUCUCGACUCCCCACUUCUAUCCUUCGCAUUCAUAAAUUCCUCCAUACCGUCAUCACCCUCUUCACAAUUUCCCUGUGGCCUGUGCGGUCCUCCUCCGAUCCCCGUCAACCGCGCCAACGCAUACGUCCGCCUCGUUGACCCUCCUCCUUGCAGGUUAUAGAUGACGCUUCGCCGGUCGCCCUAUCUUCCCUCGAGAGUCGUAGUGGCGCAUAUCCAUGCAGUCAAGUAUCAGAGCUCAGGCUGAGAUCCAGGCCCAGAGGAAGAAGCUUGCAAAUUCCUAUCAGCAGCUCCUCGAUGAGUUCUCGGGGAAAGAUCUAAAGAACGUCGGCAAUUAUGCGCUGGGCCGUCUCAUCGGCAAGGGGAGCUUCGGAAAAGUGUACCUAGCAUCGCACAAACUCACAAACGGCUCCAGAGUGGUGCUAAAGUCGGCCAAGAAAGACGACUCGAAUCUCGCGCGCGAAAUCCAUCAUCAUCGCCAAUUCACACAUCCACAUAUUGCUAGGUUAUACGAGGUCAUUGUCACCGAAUCACUGGUUUGGUUGGUGCUCGAGUACUGUCAAGGCGACGAGUUAUACAACUACCUCCUCGACAAAGGCCCGCUCGAUCCCCCCAAGGUUCAAAGAAUCUUCACCCAGCUCGUGGGCGCCGUCUCCUACGUUCACAACAAAUCGUGCGUUCAUCGCGACCUCAAGCUCGAGAACAUCCUGCUCGAUAAUCAUGAAAAUGUGAAGCUCGUUGAUUUUGGAUUUACGCGAGAAUAUGAGGGAAAGUCCAACUAUCUACAGACAUGGUGCGGCACCGUGUGCUACAGCGCGCCAGAGAUGCUGAAGGGCGAGAAAUAUGCCGGAGAGAAGGUCGACGUCUGGAGUUUAGGUAUCAUUCUCUAUGCGCUUUUGGUGGGCGAACUGCCCUUUGACGAUGAUGACGAAAUGGUUACGAAAAUGCGAAUCUUGAAAGAGGAACCAAAAUACCCAGAAAGCUUUCCACCACAAGCCAAAGAGCUAUGUCAGAUACUGUUAUCAAAACGGCCGUUGUUACGGCCGACACUUGCAGACAUCUUACAGAACCCAUGGUUGUCGGAGUAUGCACCAAGGCAGCAAGAAAUUCUGAAGCUGCAACAGCCCGCGCCAUUCUCGACCGAUUUGGAGAAAGAGGUGUUGCAGCGAAUGCGUGGGGCGGGUGUGGACAUCGAUCAGGUCAUUGAAAAUGUUCUCGCGCAACGGUGCGAUUCUUUGGCUGGCUGGUGGGCACUGUUGCUUGAGAAAGAAGAAAGGAAGGCCAGGAGAAGAGAGCGUAAAAGAAAGGAAAAAGAGGCUGAAGCACGGAGUUUGAAAAGAUUGAGUGCCGCCAGCAGUCGCCUGGACAGACUCGCACCGACCAUCAAAGAAAUGGAGGAAGAAGGACUGCAUCCCCCCCUACCAGGAGAUGCUUCGGGUAGUCGGGGAAGGGCUCUCAAGCGUUCAAGUAUGCAGGGCGCGCCGGAACUUCCAAAAUUGCCGGAAUCAGCAAACUCUCCCAAUCUCGACUCUGAUCUACCCCCGCCUCCCAUCGAGAAAGACAUUGUCCGAAGCUCCAACUCCUCAUCACGUCCCCCUCCACCACCCAAGGAAAUGAGCAGACGAAAGUCGCAGGCCAGCAUGCUCCAAGUUGUAUCCACUAAUCCCGAUCUACUCCAUCCCAAUGGCUUCAUCCCCAAACGUCGACGAAAAUAUCAAGCUCCUUUCUUGAACCACCUCACGACCCUCCGAAAUUGGAUUAAAGAGACCUCGAAACGCGCUCGCUCACCGGGAGGCUCCAAAGCUAGCAGUCACAAAUCGCCUACGAUACCAGAACACACCUCGCCCGAUACCCGCCCCCGUCGAUCUAGUAAUGCUAACCGCAGCUCAACCGUUUAUAUUCAGCACUCAAAUAGCACAUCAUCAGCACAGGCCAACCACCGAAGAAUCUCCACCCACAGUAGUACUGGCAAACGACCCUCCAUUUCUCCCUCCCCACUAACCCCGCGCUCCUCCUACCGCCGCUCCUCGGGUGGCCUCCGCGGUCGCAAAUCAACCUCCUCAUCCGUUUCCUCCAUCCGCUCCAUGCCACACCACCACCAUUCCCACUCCAAAGCCUCGUCGACAUCCUCCGCCAGCAUCACGUCCCCCGUGGGCAGCGUCUCUGGCCACAAAUCAACGCGCUCCCCCCACGCCUCGGUCAAAGUCCUCCCUGCAACCCCAACCAACUCGUCCUUUCCAACCUCGAUCCGCGUCGUCCGCGGGCCCUUCAGCGAAGGCGGCGCCGCCUUUGGCGCCAUGCCACACUCGCCCGGCCUCAUCUUCGCCAAGCGCAAACGAAGCCCCUUCAAAGGCCCCAUGCUCAACCUCAACAACGGAUCCUCGCCGGCCUCCAACCCCCGCAUGCGCGGCACAGAUGGCCAGAGCUCACGCAGCACGAGCAUUCAGGGUCGUCGCAGCGGCGAGAUCAUGGGUAUCACAGAGGAAGAGGAAGAAGAAGAAGUGGAGGAAGUCGAUGAUUUCAGCCCGAUCAGAGAAAACAGCAUGGUGGAGCUUGUCGAGGAGGCCGAGGAACCUUCGUCGCCUUCGCCUGCGCCUGUCGUUGUCACGCCGCCGUCAGUCGCCGGUGGUGCUGAAGAGAAGGCGGGCGAGAAAAGAGCGUCGUCCCUUUUUGGACCAAAGUUGACGGUUCCGGGGGUUGUCGAGGAAGGUGAUGAGGACGUGGCGGGAUCGUCAUCGUUAUUGGCUGCUGCUGCUGCUGCUGGUGGUGAGCCGUCGACGUCGGAGGACAAAGGCAAAGAUCGAAUUGUGCCGAUUGUGUUGGAUAAGCAGGGCGGGAUCAGUCCUGCGGGAACAGAGGCGGGGAAAGAGUGA